AUGAUCAUCAAGGGCAGCACUUUCAUCGUCACCGGCGGAACUGGCGGCAUCGGCUCUGGCUGUGCGCGUAUGCUCCUCGACCAAGGAGCAGCAGUGGCGCUCUUUGACAUGAUCCCGGUCGAGAAGGGUGACGCGGUUGCUGUCGAAAUGACACCAAACGGCCUCACUGGACGCGCGAUUUACGUCAAAGUCGACAUUACCGACUCGGACGCGGUCAAGGAAGCCGUGGCAGUGGUGGUGAACAAGCUGGGCAACCUCAAGGGCGCCGUGCACUGUGCUGGUGUGGCCAUCAAGCGGCCUUGGACCAACGACAUGCUCGAUGUCAACGUCGUCGGCACCUUCAUUGUCAAUGCGCACGUCGCGGACGCGAUCAACUACCCGCUCAACCACCCCAAGUCGCCCACCGAGCACGCCCCCUUCUGGACAACAGACGAGGAGCGCGGUGUGAUCAUCAACUUUGCCUCGGCGGCUGCCAACCCCUACGCUCGUGUUCUGGGCUAUGGACCAGGCAAGACGGCCGUGGUGGGCAUCACCAAGGCCAUGGCCGACUUUUUGGGCCCCUCGGGCAUUCGCGUUGUCUCUAUCAGCCCCAGCAUUGUCCUCUCUGGCCUUACUGCCAACUUCUCCGGCUACUUUGGCGACGCACUCAAGAAGCACGCUACGUUCCCGCGCGUGCCACUCGGCCCCGAGCACAUGGCAAGCACUGUCAAGUGGAUCAUCGAGAACGUGGGCGUCAAUGCCAUCGACGUGCCGGUUGACGGAGGGUGGAAACUCGUCAUGGACAAGCCUGGAGCCGCAGGCGGUGAGGACCCCCGUGCGCUGGCCCCUGGUCUGGAGUAG